GAGCAUGCGCGUUAUAUGCUCUAUCUACCGUUCUUUCGGUUUUCGUAUUUAACUGCCUAAAUAAUAUAACGUAAUUUAAAAUUGAAUUAAAUUGAAAAAGUAACAUUAUAAGAAAGCAAAGUAGUAAAAAACAAAGAAAGGCUCUCACUAACUACGACUCGAGUCCUAUCGUUAAACGUAUGGAGCCGUUCAAAGGAAUCGAUUGGUUCGUGAACGUCACAUCACUAUUGUUUUGGCUCCAUCUGGCGUUUACACGGGCACAUUGGCGUACCUGGUCUCGCCCCCAUUGAAACUAGUCUGGACUUGUAGGUAGUAAGUUGCGGAGCGCGGGUUGAAAGCUGACCAAAUGGCAGAGUGGAACGCAUUUUACCAGAAUGAGGACGAGCAGCAAGAAGAAGAGGAAGCGGAAUUUUCUGGAGGAGAUUACAAAGUCUCAGGCAGAGACAGUCUGGUCUUCUUGGUUGAUGCCUCAAAAGAAAUGUUCAUCAAAGGUGAAGAUGGACAACCCUCUAACUUUGACAUGACCAUGCAGGUUGUGCGGAGUGUGUACACCAGUAAGAUCAUCAGUAGUCACAGGGACCUGAUUGCUUUGGUGUUUUAUGGCACAGAGCAGAGCAAGAACCCCAGGAACUCAUUCAAACAUGUUUACGUGUACCACGAUCUUGAUGAACCAGGUGCAAAGCGAGUUCAGGAAGUGGAUGCUCUGCGGAGAGAGAAAGGUGCGCAACUGGCAGCACAGACCAUGGGAAGUGGUGAGACGUCUCUCGGUGAUGCCCUGUGGUGCUGCGCCAACCUCUACAGUGACAUCAAGCUGCGCCUUUCACACAAACGGCUGAUGAUCUUCACCUGCAGGGACAAACCACACGGGGGCGACAGUGCGAAGGACCGACAGGCCCGCACCAAAGCAAGUGACCUGAAGGAGACAGGUGUUUUUAUCGAUUUAAUGCACCUGAUAAAACCAGGCGGCUUCGAUGUCUCCCUGUUCUUCCGAGAUAUUGUCAGUCCACCUGAAGACGAGAGUGAGCUUGGGCUGCAGAUGAAACCUUGCAACAAACUGGAGGACCUCCAGAAACGGGUUCAGGCCAGAGAAACCAAAAAGAGAGCCCUUGCCAGGUUAAGCUUGAGUCUAGGCGACGGUCUAAAUGUAGCGGUGGGGGUGUAUGCAACUGCUGUCGCAGCUCGGAAACCUUUAGCCAUCAGACUCUACAGGGAAACCAACGAACCAGUGCGUAGUAAAACCCGCACCUUCCACACCCAGACUGGCAGUUUGCUGCUACCCAGUGAGAUAAAGAAGGCCCAGGUGUAUGGUAAAAAACAAAUAGUGAUGGAGAAGGAUGAAGUGGAUGCCAUCAAGAAGUUUGACGACCCAGGACUGUUUCUGAUUGGAUUUAAACCUAUGGAAAAACUCAAACUGCAUCAUCAUAUCCGGCCUUCUGUCUUCAUCUACCCCGAGGAGGAUGAAGUGAAAGGAAGUGCCUGUCUGUUCUCGGCCCUGUUGAAGAAAUGCAGUGAGAGAAAUGUGUUUGCUCUGUGCCGCUCGAUCUUCCGCCGAAACUAUCCACCUAAAUUUGUUGCCUUGGUACCUCAGAUGGAAGAGGUCGACGAAGGGAGAGUACAGAUUUCACCACCAGGUUUCAAUGUCAUCUACCUGCCGUAUGCGGACGACUUCCGAACGCUUGAUCCCCCUAGAUGUCCAUCGGCCACACAAACACAGGUUGACAAGAUGAAGGAGAUCAUCAGCAAGCUUCGCUUCAAGUACAGGAGUGAUGCAUUUGAGAAUCCAGUCCUCCAGCAGCAUUUCAGGAACCUGGAGGCUUUGGCUCUGGACAUGAUGGCUCCAGAGGACAUAGAGGAUCUCAUCAUGCCAAAAGUGGACCAGAUUGACCAACGACUCGGUUCUUUGGCCGAAGAGUUUAAAGAUCUGGUCUACCCUGCUGGGUACAAUCCAGAGAUCAAACCUGCUCCCAAACGUAAAACGGCGGAUGCUGGAGGUGGAGCUGAGAAGAAGCCCAAAGUGGAGCUGACACAAGACGAGCUGAAGGCCCACUUUCAGAACGGCACGCUGGGAAAGCUGACCGUGCCAGUGCUGAAGGAGGCGUGCAAGCAGUUUGGGAUCAAAACCACUGGGACCAAGAAGCAGGAUCUAAUAGAUGCUUUAAACAGUACACUGACUUCAUAAUAAUUUCAGAAACCCAUUCUAAGGUCAGGAAAGUUUUGUGGGCUGGAUAAAAAAGAAGGGACAGUUAAUUCAGUGGUCAAUUAAGCUGAAUGUCUUCAUUUACGCAUUGUGUAAAUUCCAGUUUACACAAAUAAUGUCAUAUUGGAAUUUUUAAGAUCUCCUAUAUUUGGUGAUGCUGACUGCUGUAAAGACUGUAAAGAAAUUUAAACCAGUAAAAAAAAUACCUUAUGGUAACAUGUUUAUAGGCAAACAAUAACAUGUGAUGAGAUUUAUUCAUGAUUUGUUGAAUUAAAACUUUUUAUAAAAGCGA